UCCCCUGAGUGGGAGGAGGUAAUGGACAUUUUUGGAGAGCCAACAAAAUAUGAAAUAGUAUAGUAAAGUGAAUGAAUUAGGGCAGUGGUUCUCAAAGUGUGGCCCCCCAACCAGCAGCAUCAGCAAUACUUGGGAACUAGUUAGAAAUGCAAAUUUUAGGGCCCCAGCCACGGAAUCAACUCAAUCAGAAACUGGCAGUGGGGCCCAGCAAUCUGUUUUAACACGCCCUUCAGGUGAUUCUGAUGUACACUGAAAUUGAGAAUAGUCUAAGGACAUGUAAUAGAAUUAUAAGGCUACAUUAAGAACCUACUUAAUGGCUCACGCCUGUAAUCCCAGAAUUUUGAGAGGCUAAGGCAGGAGGAUCACUUCAGCCCAGGAGUUCAAGGCUACAGUGAGCUAUGAGCCACUGUACUCUAACCUGGGCAACAGAACGAGAUCCUGUCUCAGAAAAAACAAAAGAACCUACUUAAGGUUAGUGAAAUCAAGAUUAGCCACUUUUCUUCUCCACUCUAAUUUUUUUUUUUUUUUUUUUGGUAGCUCUUGGCCUGAAUUUCAAGUUCACCUCCACUUCUUAUCUUUUCUGUGCCCAAAUUCCCUCUUCCAUAAAAAUGGGAGUAAUAGUAGCACUUAAUUCAUAGGGUUGUAAUGACUUAAUGUACUUAAUUUCAUGUAGAAUACCUGCAACAAUGCUUGGUGUAUAGUAAGCUUGAAUAAAUGUUAGAUAUUAUAGUUGUCAUCUCACAAAUUACACAUCUAAAUUAAAAUCAUAAUUGCUCGUAUUACUUUCCAUUUCCAGCUUUUUAAACCACUUAAAUAGCUCACUAGAGGUUAUAAUCCAUAGCUACUAUGAAGCAAGCUCUCACCAUGGCCAGGCAGCAUAUUAUAGAUUUAACCUUUAUUAUCUCACUUAAUGCCCUCAGUAACCCUAUACGUAUUAUUCCAUUUGUAUAACAUAUUCCAUAACAUUGUUAUCCAGUCCAAACUCAUAGAAUUAGCAAAACGCAGAAUUAAAGUCCAGUUUUUGUGUGGUGCAAAACUAACGCUCUUUGCCUUGGACUACAUUGCCUAUUCAUUGUCAGAAAACAGUACUCCAAAAUUUGGUGCUUUGACAUGCUGAAUCAGAGAAGCAGCCGCAAGGUUUCUCUGAUCUCCCCACCCCACCUCCUGCCUCUCAAUUCUCUGCCUCCCCCAAAACACGGGAUAAGACUGUUCUUUGAAGUUUCUUAUCUACCUAGAAACCAGACCCAUCAAAGAACACAAUUGUUUUCUAUCUGCUUCCUCCCUGAAAUUUCAUUAACCAGAAGAAAUUAAAACAUAUCACAAGGCUGGGCGUGGUGGCUCACGCUUGUAAUCCCAGCACUUUGGGAGGCCGAGGCGGGCGGAUCACGAGGUCAGAGAUCGAGACCACGGUGAAACCCUGUCUCUACUAAAAAUACAAAAAAAAUUAGCCAGGCGUGGUGGCGGGCACCUGUAGUCCCAGCUACUCGGAGAGGCUGAGGCAGGAGAAUGGCGUGAACCUGGGAGGUGGAGUUUGCAGUGAGCCGAGAUUGCGCCACUGCACUCCAGCCUGAGCGACAGAGCGAGACUCCGUCUCGAAAAAAAAAAAAAAAAAAAACAUAUCACAAAGCCAGAUACAGUGGUGCACACUUGUAGUCCCAGCUACUUGUGAGUCUCAGAUGGGAGGAUUCUUGAGGCCAGGAGUUUGAGGCUGUAGUGUGCUAUCAUCAUGCCUGUGAAUAGCCACCACAUUCCAGCCUGGGCAACACAGUGAGACCUGGUCUCAUAAAAAAACAAAACAAAAUUCACUAUCAUAGAGGAAGAGACUGAAAAUUAACCACCACACUUAGAGCCCAAACUUUGCCUCAAACUACUGGUUUUUGUUUUUGAGACAGGGUCUCACUCUAUCACCCAGGUCGGAGUGCAGUGGCGAGCUCUUGGCUCACUGCAACCUUGCCUCCGGGGCUCAAGUGAUCCUUCUAUCCCAGCCUCCCUAGUAGCUGGGAUUAUGGGAGUGAGUCACCACGACUGGCCUUCAAAUUAUUGUUGGUUCUCCAGUUUCACUUGGUUUACAAAGAGAAUAAUUUACAAGUGAAUUUCUGCAUUAAUCUCUCCUAAAAUCAUUUACUACUCCUCUAAAAUUGCCUGUAGCCCCCCCACCUCUCUCUCCCCUAUGAAAAGUAUUAAACUUCAACCAUCUGACCCUUUUUUGAGUUUUCUUAUUUUGUUGUGUUGUUCCCAUGCUUAUGCAUAUUAAUUUGUUAGGCUUUUCUCUUGUUAACCUGUCUUUUGUUACAAGCAUGUUGUCAUGACUCUUUUGAUGGGGAGGAAAGUGAUCACCCCCUUUCCACCCCUUCAUACUACACUACCUUUUCAUUUCCUAACCCGUUUGUAGGAGGUUACUGAAGCUUGCAUUAAUUUCUUCAAUAGAUAUUUAUCCAGACUAGUAUAAUCCAGGUGCUGGGGACACAGUGGUGAACAAGACAGGCACACCUCAUGAAGUUCACAACACUGAAAGGUGAAUGGAUUACUAUCUUCAUCCUUUUUUUGUUUCGUUUUUUUCCUUUCAUACCUAGUCCUGCAGAUGCAUCCUUAACUUCUGCAGUGUGGUAUAUGGGAACUGGAUCUGCUCCUAAAUACGUAUGGGACUUCUCUGAGCUUUAUCUUCUUCACUUAAAAAUUACAAGCAUCGGCCGGGCGCGGUGGCUCACGCCUGUAAUCCCAGCACUUAGGGAGGCUAAGGUGGGCGGAUCACAAAGUCAGGAGUUCGAGACCACCCUGGCCAACAUAGUGAAACCCCGUCUCUACUAAAAAUACAAACAUUAGCCGGGUGUGGUGGCACGCGCCUGUUGUCCCAGCUACUUGAGAGGCUGAGGCAGAGGAAUCGCUUGAACCCAGGAGGCGGAGGUUGCAGUGAGCCAAGACCAUGCCAUUGCACUCCAGCCUGGGUGACAGAGUGAGAGACUCCAUCCUCCCCCCCGCAAAAAAAUUACAAGCAUCUGUAAAUACAUAAUCUCAAAUAAAAAUCUUCGUGUAUAUCUCCAUUUUUAAAAUGAUAGAAACGAGAGUCUCAAUGAUUACCUUGAAAAGAUCACAAGGAAAAUGAAACAAACAUGAAUUAAGUACCUGUGAGAUAGUUUGCUGGUUACUUUUACAUAUAUGAUAAAUGAUGGAUCAGGACUUCAACCUAGAUCACAAAAUCACCACCACACUGCCCUGCUUCUGUCAUGGGAAACACACUUUGAUACUUUCUUCAUUCUUUCUCCACUCCCUGGACUUGAAGCCCGAGGAGUAAUCCAUCUGCAAAUAUUGAACACUUUUCAUAUAUGACACGCACAGUACACAGUUUUUAAAAACUGGUCUCUGUUGUCAAGGAACUUUUGAGUCAUUCAGAGAGACAACACUUAAAACACACACACACACACACACACACAUACAAACUGAGGGAAGUAUGAAGUGACCAAAUAAUGGUAUACAAAAAUGAUCUCAUUUGAUCCGUAUUACCACUCUUUGAGGAGGUACUAUUAUUAUUGCUCUUUUAUAGAGAAGAAAAGGUAGGUCUGUAGGCAGUAAGCAAGUCUCAAGGUUACUCAAGCAGGAAAGGGCAAAAUAGAUUCAAAUCCAAGUUCUGACUCCUAAGACUUUAACUAUACACGGUAGGGCAAACCCAGAAACUCCAGUUCCCUAAGCAAGUAAUAGACCCCAUUUGGCUAGGAGGGCUGGAUAAAUACUGAGAAAGGGGGAAGAUGAAGCCGAAAAGGUAGGCUAGGGCCUAAUGUAACUCACGGACUUCAGAAUGCAGACUGUAGGAAUCCGCUAAAGGUUUCUUAGUAAGGCAGAAAUUACUGCAGUCUUAACUUGACAUAGUAGUUUCUCAGCUUGGUAGAAGCAGACUACAGAAAAAGUAACUUUACAGUUGGCUACGUGUCUUAGACAAAUUACUGUCUCUGACCUCAACUCUCACGGCUAAUUGGGAAGAGAAUUCUCUAUUUGGACAAUCGCGGUGAUUAAACGAGUGUAUGAAAGGCGUCUGAAGCUAGGGGGCGCUAGAUAAACGCUGAUUUCUCCUUUAAAUAGGGAAAAAGAAUGCAGGCUUUUUAUUUACAUAGAGUUGGUAGGCAUGCGUCAUCCGGCAAGGCCGGAACGGAAGACCCUCUCAGCUUCAGCUGCAACCACAUCUGGGUAUGCAGAAACCUUCUAAGAUCCCAGCGUUUCCAGGGAGAUGCUCCAUUUCCCCUCACUUCUCCGGACCUGACUGCCCUCUAAUAAAGCCCCUAGCCAGCACUCUUAGACCGCCCAACCUUCCCAGCUCUUCCUUCCGAGGCGGCUACUCGAUGACAUCACAUCCACUUCCGCUUCCGAAGGCGGCCUCUUUUCAUUCCUCGGGACCGCUCUAGGCUGCCACCACGCCGGCUGGCCCCAAAAACUCAAUGGUUGUUGGGCGGGGUCGUGACGUCCUUGGCGUGGCUGCAGGGGAGGCCGCGGCGGGGAAAAUGGCGGACGGGAAGGCGGGAGAGGAGAAGCCUGAAAAGUCGCAGCGAGCUGGAGCCGCCGGAGGACCUGAAGAAGAAGCAGAAAAACCUGUGAAAACUAAGACUGUUUCUUCCAGUAAUGGAGGGGAAAGUUCCAGUCGCAGCGCUGAGAAGCGAUCAGCUGAAGAAGAAGCUGCCGACCUCCCAACAAAGCCUACAAAGAUCUCCAAGUUUGGAUUUGCCAUAGGUAGUCAGACGACAAAGAAAGCAUCAGCCAUAUCCAUCAAACUUGGAUCAAGUAAGCCUAAAGAAACCGUUCCAACUCUUGCUCCAAAAACUCUUUCAGUAGCAGCAGCUUUUAAUGAAGAUGAAGAUAGUGAACCAGAGGAAAUGCCUCCAGAAGCAAAGAUGAGGAUGAAGAAUAUUGGAAGGGAUACACCAACAUCAGCUGGACCAAACUCCUUCAAUAAAGGAAAGCAUGGGUUUUCUGAUAACCAGAAGCUGUGGGAGCGAAAUAUAAAAUCUCAUCUUGGAAAUGUCCAUGACCAAGACAAUUAAAUGAUGUUUUGAAAUUGGGGUGUGGGGUGGGUGUAAAGUUAAAAGGAACAGUUUCCUUUUUUAAAGAAUGGUAUAAGACUAUCUUUGGAGCCGCUUUUUUUUUCUUUUUCAUUUUUUUAAAAAAUUGAGUGGUACACUAAUAAAUGAGAGUUUGAAAUUAGAGGUAAUUUAUGUUUUAUAUACAGAUUUCAAGACAUUUGCUAAUUUUGUAGUUUCAUGUGAUUAGUUUCCAAAGGUUACAGAUAAUAAAUCAGAAAUGGUACCUUUUUAAGAAUUGCAUAUUUUUUUAGACACAACUAUUAGCACAUUAAGAGGGAAGCAAAAAGUUACUGUCUAUUUAAAACUGCAAGCAGUUAACUCUCUUAACUCCCUUAUUACCUAAACUUGUCUGGCUCCCGGGAACAGCCUUAUAGAGAGAGGGAGUAUUGUAUUGGGAGGAAAAUGUUACUGAACUAUUGACUGAAAGUAAAUUUAGAUAAAAUACAGCUUUUUUCCUUAUGGGCAUUUGUUUUGUUUCAAGUCAUCAUAAACUAGGUAUUGCAUUGCUAUCCGUGGAUACAGAUGCUUAGCUCUUAAAAGAAUUUUUUUUUUUUUAUGUAAACUGUUGAAUAUUUGAAAUAGCCCACUUCACCUUAAUGGGUCUUGUCUAUCUUCAUUAGUCUUCAAAGAAAAACCAUUUGCUACCAAAGUAAAUCAGUAUUUUGAAUGUGCUUCUCUUGUUUUUUUGUUUAUUAGCUAGUUCCUGUAAGCAUUUCCACCAGAACUUGAGGCAAAUCAUAAGGAAGCUGUUUCUUUUGAAACACAAACCACCACCAAAAAUUUAAAUGUACAUAUUGCUUAAGUAUUUGGCUGUUUUUAUUUUUUAAAAGGUAUAAACACCGAAAAAAAAAAUUAACAUUUUAUGAAGAUGGAAAACAAGAAGAUGCACUUUCUGUAACUUUGUCUAAGGAUUUAAAUUACUAACUUGUGAACUCCAAUUUGAAUUGAGCUUAACUAUCGGCUUUCUUACUAGUAAAAUUAUAUGGUUUAUUUUAAAUGUGUACAUAUUGACCAAUGGCCUCUGAAAAAGCACAUUUUAGAUACUGAAAUUGAAGGAAAGAAAAUGCAUCUUCAAACAUUUUUUGGAAUCUCACCACAUAUACUUUGUUAGAUUUGUGUAUUGUAGGGUGUUUGUUUUGUAUUUUUGUAUUGUAUAUGAACUUCUUUUUAAAUGUGACAGUUAAACACAUCUUUAAAAGCAUAGUCACAGACAAAAGCAUACAGUAUAAAAAUUUCCUUGAAAACUCCUACAAUAUUAUAUUUGGAGGCAGCUUCAGACUGUUCUAUUGGUGGUAACUGCUUGCUGAGGUCUUUUAGUUAGUGAUAACUCCAGAGAAGCAGCCUGUGUAUAUUCCUAACACUUUGUUCACUAGCAUUUAAGUUUAGAAUAAGCCCAAGUAAAACAAUGGAAAUGUAUAUAGAACUUAGUUCUUACAUGAUUUAAUUAUAUCAAGAUACAUGAAUUUAACUUACUUUAAUGCAGGCAAACUAUCCAUUUUUUGUCCAUUUUCCUGUUUGUUAAAAUAACAUACCUCUCCUACAUAUUAUUUUCUUGACCCAAAUGAAAUAUUAACCUAAGGUCAAGCUGGGAGAGAGAAAUGACUGAGAUGAAUGUCUUUACUAAAGUACCAAUAAAUUUGUCAAACUCAA